AUGGGCUCAGCGAUACCGUCUCUCGAAACGCGCCAGGCUGGAUGGCCAGCUUGCCAGCAGACGCUCAGUUGCACAUUCGACCAGAUCCAGUCCUCCACCAUGCAGGAACGCUUAGCAUUCGUGCAAUACAUGGAAAGUCAAUGGUUUGGUCCCUUGAACUCUGCCAACCAAUUCCGCGCCAUUGAGGGAGUCAUCACCUUCUUUAUCGGCAAGAACCUCGGCGCCCCGAACAGUUGGAUCAGUUACGUAGAUACGGGCAUCGUCGAGGCCAUCCAACGCGGCGGUGCCAUGGCCCUCGGUCUCAGCACGGACACUGGUGGAAACCCUGGUACCACACUGUGGAGGGACUUUUUCAUCGGCAUGCGAGACGGGACGUACACAACAAGACAGGACCACGAUUAUGCCUGGGGAUUGGCAGAAGCCACCGCUACCGAAUGGUCCAAAGCCCAAAAGGCCGACAUACUCGCUUCAGCACCUGCCACCCAACAGGAAUUGAACUGGUACCAAUUCACCGUCCUGUUCAGAUGGAUUCUGCGCCACGAACCGGAGACCAUUCUCCUCCUGACCCCGAUUUUCCUGUUCAAGGCCGACGACUUUGUGUAUUGGCUCACAGAUGUGACGAGGUCUGAGCCUACGAUUUGUGGAUCACAGGCAGCCUGGUCCAUAUCAGGGUCCUUCAGCUUCACGCUUGAUAGCAUCCUUGACUUUCCUGAGAAUGUUGUGGAUCUCUUGAGAGCUGUCUACGACUGUGGUAGCGACUUUUUUGAGAACUCUUGA